GCCGGUGACCUUUGAGGAUGUGGCUCUGUACCUCUCCCGGGAGGAGUGGGGAAGACUGGACCACACACAGCAAAAUUUCUACAGAGACAUACUACAGGGCAAAAAUGGGCUGGCUUUGGCACUGCUCUGCAGAACCUUCCACACAGAGGGACAUGUUUGCUUCUGUCCUAGGACAGUGACCACAAGCCAGGUGCCUGUUGAGUUCUAGAAAGAAGAUAUGGGGCUUAACUUUAAACUAUGUUUGGUCAACUUAGAUUGGAAUUUGAAUAGCCAGUGUUGGGUGCUGUGGUCACAUCUGUAAGCCCAGCAGUAGGGGCAGAGGCAAAGGCUAGGGCACUAAUGCUUACACAGGGAGCGCCAGGCCUGCCACAGCCAAGCAGUGAGGCUUUGUCUCAACGGAGAUUUAUAAAGGAAGAGGCAGCCGUGCAGGUUAGUAGCUGCAGCACUGCCCAGUGUCGGCUUGGAAUGUUGUUCCUUCUUUCCCUGCAUUCAUAUCACAGAUUAUUCACCUCAGCCUCCCAGCUCCAGAUGUGUCUGCUCAUCUGGAGGCUCCCUGGUCAGAUGCGCCAUCAGCCGCCCUCCCAGAUCCUUGAGGCACUGCAGCUGCUUCCAAGAACCCACAGGACAAGCUUGCUCUCCAGGGUGGGAAGGGCCGUGUCGAAGUCCAAGCUUUUGACCCCUCAGUUUCAAACUGAUCUUGACAGAAUUUGAUGAUGCCUUCAGCUGUCCAUUGUUAUCCACCCACCCAUCCAUCCAUCUAUCUGUCCAUCCAGCCAUCCGUCUAUCUGUCCAUCCAUCCCUCUAUCUGUCCAUCCAUCUUAUCUAUCCAUCUGUCCAUCCGUCCAUCUGUCUUUCUGUCCAUGCAUCCAUCCACUCAUCCAUCCGUCCAUCCACCCAUCCAUCCAUCUAUCUGUCCAUCCAUCCGUCUAUCCAUCCAUCUAUCCAUCCAUCCACUCGUCUAUAUGUCCAUCCAUCCAUCCAUCCAUCCAUCCAUCCAUCCAUCCAUUAUUUAAAUUUACUAGUUAAGGUGGAAUCCCUGAGCCUAAGCAGUGUGUGUGUGUGUGUGUGUGUGUGUGUGUGUGUGUGUGUGCAUGAGAGAGAGAGAGAGAGAGAGAGAGAGAGAGAGAGAGAGAGAGAGAGAGAUAUUGAGAGAAUGCACCAGAUGUCAGCCUUGAGUCAUGGCUCUCUAAGAGCUGUCCAUGUUUUUUGGUUGGUGGUGAAUUGUUUUUGUUUUGAUUUUUGAUUUUUUUGAGACAGGAUUGUGGCCCUGGCUAUCCUGGAACUCACUUUGUAGACCAGGCUUCAAGCUGCCCCUGCUUCCCAAUGCUGGGAUUAAAGUUGUGCCAGGUCAUUUCGUUUUGCUUGUUUGGUUGGUUUCUGAGACAGGGUCCUUCAUUGGUCAGGAGCUCAGCUGUCUGCGCUCGAUAGCUGUUGAGCUCCAGGUCCCCACACACCCAUCGUUAGGACUACAGACAUUGCCAUUGUUUUUAAUGUGGUUGCUAAGGAUGGAGCUUAGAGCCUCACAGUGCUUUGUUGACAGGCACUUGAAUGACUGUUCUCUUUCCAGCCCCGUGACCAUGCCAGUUCUGUUAGUGACGGGUGUGGUGGUCCUGAGACCACCCAUACUAGGCACACCAGUACCACAUCCAGUACCCCACUCCUGUAAUUUCCUUAGGUUUGCUUACCAGCCAUUGCUAGCAUUUGCCAGGGCUCAAACCAACAAGUCCAAGCAAAUCCUGGAGAUUAGAGGGAAUUUAGCACUCAACUGGGUCAUGACCUAGCAAAUUCCUUUCCUUCCUUGAGGCAUGGGAGCCAUAGCUCUCUGCUCUUACUGACCACACAGAACUCCUCAAGGACACAGCACAUGAGUCCUGUGGUUGUCAGUGUCCCAGUCUCUCUGCCUAAGAACUGAUUCCCCCAAAUGCAAGUGCAGGAGUAAGGUGGUUCUCUGUGGUUCUUACUGUUGGGCCCACCGACUGUCCGCCAUGAUGAGGCUCCUGCUGAGCCCAGCAGUCUCUGCUCCUCACUCUUGAGUUCUGUUAUUUGCUCAGGGGAACAGAGAUAGGGCCAAACACUGGGAGAGGAUGCACUGUCAACACAGGAACUUGUUUAUUUUACUUUACUUUUAUGUGGUGCUAGGGGAUGGGACUCAGGGCCUCUCACAUAUAGCCCAUGUAGCUCAGGCUAGCCUUAAACUCCUGAUCUUCCUUCCUCCACCUCCUAAGUGGAAUACCAAAAUUAUGCCACCAAGCCUGGAAUCGUUUGAAGUUUGAGUACUAAUCUGUUGAGAUAGUAUCACUAUGUGUUAGGCGGGGCUUGAGCUCAGCCUCCCUGGUUUUGCCUUAGGUUUCUAGGUGAAGGGUUCCCCCCCUUUUGCCUUACAGCGUUGAGUCAGGGUAGAGAUGGAUCACAAUGGGUGGAGUCCAAUUGGGGGAUGACCCUACUGCUGGGCAGUCCCAGAAGUUCAGCUUUUCUUUCUGGACAGGGUUUCCCUUCAGCAGACCUUUCUGGGUCCCCCAAGUUGAGGGGAAGGGCCAGGCGUCAAGCUCCAGCAGGAUCACAGGAGCUGAGGAGAGGAGAGACCUUGGUUCAGGAGCUAUGGAAAUGGGGAAAAUGGUGCCAACCCUGGCGGUUGCCACCCUAGAGGACACAAAACCCAUAAGGACUAGGGCCAGAUGGGCCCCGGGGGAAGACCCGAAGUAUGGUCAACAAGUGGCUAGUGGUCCGGCUACAGAGUUGGCCAGAGACACCGGGGAAGCUAGUCAGCUAAAACCAGCCCCAUCUGAAGCACAUCCUCUCAAGACCCCAGAGUACAGAGGCCCAGAGAAACCCAGUGAGCGGGAGGAGGCCCUGACAAGUGGCGAAGAGAGUCUGGUACCCGACAGCGACACUGGCAAGAAGACAUACAAGUGCGAACAGUGCGGCAAGGGCUUCAGUUGGCACUCGCACCUGGUGACACACCGGCGCACGCACACGGGCGAGAAGCCUUAUACCUGCACGGACUGCGGCAAGCGCUUCGGCCGAAGCUCACACCUCAUCCAGCACCAGAUCAUCCACACGGGCGAGAAGCCCUAUACCUGCCCCUCGUGUUGGAAGAGCUUCAGCCACCACUCCACGUUGAUCCAGCACCAGCGCAUCCACACCGGUGAGAAGCCCUACGUGUGCGACCGCUGUGCCAAGCGCUUCACCCGCCGCUCGGACCUAGUCACACACCAGGGCACUCACACCGGCGCCAAGCCCCACAAGUGCCCCAUUUGCGGCAAGUGCUUCACCCAGAGCUCUGCCCUGGUCACGCAUCAGCGCACCCACACUGGCGUCAAGCCCUACCCGUGCCCGGAGUGCGGCAAGUGCUUCAGCCAGCGCUCCAAUCUCAUCGCACAUAAUCGCACGCACACGGGCGAGAAGCCCUACCACUGCCUCGACUGUGGCAAGAGCUUCAGCCACAGCUCGCAUCUCACUGCUCACCAACGCACCCACCGUGGCGUGCGACCCUACUCCUGCCCACUCUGCGGCAAGAGCUUCAGCCGCCGCUCCAAUCUGCACCGGCACGAGAAGAUCCACACCACUGGACCCAAGGCUCUGGCCAUGCUCAUGCUGGGGGCAGCGGCGGCGGGAGCACUUACAGCCCCUCCACCUGCUCCUACUUAAAAGCCUGAGAAAGAGCAGUGAGAACACCCAGGGAAGCUGGGACAGCCCCGCCGAUGCCUAGGGCCCUGGGAAGACGCUGGGCCCUAGCGAGUGGGAUGAUAGACUAGGAGGUGCUACUUCUGGCACCAGGUGGGCAUGGUAACGUGGGAGGAGCCAGGGCUAGAAGGGCGGGCACUCUAGCUGCAGAUUAAAGGCCUGGAUUUCAAGCUGUGCCCUGUGGCUAUGUCUGCCUGGUGCUUGAGCUGAUCUCUGAGUAUCGGGUAGCUCUUGGUUCCACCAGAGGUUAUCCUUGUUCAAGUAACCCUGAGUCACCACUGUUGGCCUAGGAAGCCUCUCUUCCCUAACUUUGAAUUGGGUCACAGACUCUUUUGUCAGAUGUCUGUUCCAGAACAUUAGGACCUUUUUUUAAGGCAACAAUAUUUGAGUCGGGUAUAGUGGCACACUCCUUUAAUAAAGUGAGUGCAGGACAGCUAGGACUGUUACACAGAGACCCUGCCUCAAAAACCAAAUCACAGUUAGUAGUAGUAGUAGUAGUAAUAAUAAUAAUAAUAAUAACAAUUAUUAUUAUUAUAAUUAUAAUAAAAAUAAAAAAUUGU